AUGCAAUUCCCGCAGCCCCAAGUGCCAGGCCAGGACGGCCAAGGCGGCUACCAGCAUCAAGCACCUUACCUACCCGCCGGAUCUAACGCCCCGUACCCACCUCCAACUGCCCCCAGCGGUGGCUAUCCAUCUUACGCUCCUCCUUCCUAUGACCAACCUGGUCAGUCACAAAGCUCCCGCCCACCUCCCCGAGCUCCUCAAAGGCGCACGACGAUCGACGAUCGUGGGCCCGUCAAUAUCGACCCUACGACCAAGCCGGCCCCUUCUACCGACGAAGACUCAGCCGUAGACGCAUCGCUUGGGAAGCUGGAGCUCGAGGCUUCUCAAUAUGUCAAACCUCCAGCUUACUUUAGUGGCAAGACUGUUUUCGAUGAUGGCAUUUUCAGGUCCGUCGAUGCUGCUGGCAAGUGGCCGCCGACGACGAACGGAGAAGCUCUGGAGCCGACGUUGAAAUCUUGGUUGACGCAGAUGGGCGAGCACCUCAAGCACAAUCCGCAACACAUCUACACGCUCACGCACAAGGACGUAUUUGCUCUGAAGGACUCUGACCUGUUAGAUUACAAGCUUUUGGUCCAGAUGGGUCUUCGCAGCUGGUACACUGCAUUCUUUCACGAAGAAGAGCGCAAAAAGUGGCAGAAUCAGCUCGAGGAGUUGCAAGCCGAGACACUUCCUCGUGUCGAGGGCCAGAGCGAUGAGCUGAAUCAAGACGCUCUGGAUUGGAACAGCUGGAACAUGGCCUUCAGAUACUCUUUUAGUGCCAAGUUUAAAGGUGGAAAGGGGGUAGACUUGUUCAAAGGCUCGCCAAUCUCGGAAAUGGGCAAACCUUUGUGGAAGUGGAAGCAGAAAGACUUUGCCGCAAGGGAACAAGAAGGAGAGAAGAGAGAGGUUCAGAUGGUGUUUCGAAGAGAAACGCUACGAGACGAGCUGAAGUUUCCGUGGAAGGGCAAGCAGUAUGUUUGGGAGUCCAAUCAGCAUCACGUGAGUUGCUCAGAUGCUCCUCUUCCAGCGCCGCAAGAGGCUGAAAGGAAGGCAUAUCGUGCAUACAAGCGCUCUUUUGCAGGAGCUAGGUGGGACGCUACGACCAUCGGCUUGUACGAGGAGAGUCCUCGUAGACUGUGAGUGGAUUGCAACCAAUUGCAUAUUUGUAUGCCUCUGAAGCGCUUUGCAUCCGUUAGGGUGGGCUGGUUCCGGUUCCUGGAAGAAAAGGCUGCUCGCGAGAAGGACUACACCCUAGAUAUACUUGACCCUACAUUGGACCAAGCCAUUGUGUUUGUCACAUUUUCGGCGUGAGUCGUCAAUUCUGAUUUCAGACUGUGUGAAGCUCUUUGGUGCUGAGCCACAGCACCACUUUCGCUUCACAGAUUCUGGCGUCAGGCGUGGGAAUGGAUGACACAUGGCUACGCUACCUCAACUGUCACUGCCACGCUUCCCACUUAUAAGAAGUUGUUGGAUGAUCCUGGAGCCAAGCAUACUGUGAGUGCGACCGGCCUCGGUAUCGAGCUAGCUAUUUGCUCGCUUUUCAAUCCUACUCAAAGCGCUCACUCGGAUCAACGACACUUCUUCGUGCCUAGUACGGCAUCUUGACGCUGGAGAAGUACCACGAGGCGGAGGAGAUUGCAAAGCAGGAAUCCUUGCCAUCGAAGCAAGGCGAUAACGGAGCUGCGGCCAUCAAUGCCGUGACAGCGUCUAUCGUAUCCAGCUUCUGA